AUGUUGUUCGCGUGCCCGCUCCCGCUUGCCGUGAGCAAUGCGGAGCAUCUCAUGUGCUACGCGCAGCGGUAUCCAGACCUCCUCGAGAGAUACUGCCACGGGCAGGCAUCACAUCGGCAGAAGAUUGGCUCCCAUUGGCGAAGACAUGGCCGCUUGGAGCAGCGACGCUUUGGCUGCGAUGGUUCACAGGCAGUGGCAGUGGCGUUUGAUGACACUGUACCCUCGUCUAAAGCGUCGGAGCAGUUGGCUUCCGCGCAGCAAAGGUACCGAGCGGAGAUUAAAGCUCCCCCCUGCGGCAACUCGUGUCAGCGCUGGAAGAGGGUGCUCGGCUCGCAGUCCGCGGAGCUGCUUCGGCUGACGCAGCUCCAGAGGCGGCCACGCUUGUCUCGGCAAGGGGCAGACAAGCGGCCGUGCCGCGCUGCGGUGUCCUCGGCGAUGGACAUCACUCCGGGAGGCGGGGAGCGGUACCUACUGGAGGCUGCAAUCGUCUUCCAGCGGCUGAGCUGCGAGGUGACGUUGCUACUGUUUGAGCCGAAUCAGUGUACUGGAGGCGACUGCGUCAACCGCACCGCCUUCAUGCUCGGUCUGCGCAACCUGGAUGUGGACGCCAUCAAGGUUGCGUCUCUGAACGUGCAGCGACACCCGAAGCGGCCGGUCCGGGGGCUGCACGGCUCCGCAGAGAGGCUCAUUCGCCGCGACUUUGACAUCUUCUUCUUCCUCGGCAACGACCGGGCGCCACGAACGCCUGGGCUGGGCCGCCUCAACUUGUACAUGUGUCAGUUUCCCUUCGACUGGUACCGAGACAUGUACCCCUUUGAGGAGCGCAAUCUGGCGACGUACGACCACGUCCUGCUUAAUUCCAACUUCACCAUGGAUUGGUAUAGCGUCGUCCUACGGUCGCAGCUGCGCAAGCCGUGUGCGCCCACGCCGGUGCUCCUGUACCCUCCUGUCCCCGCCGCAGAGCCGAGGACGCCUCUCUUCGGAGCUUUCAGCAGGAGGCCUUUUCGCAUCGUCAUCGUCGGCCGCAUUUUCGGAGGCGUCCAGUCGAAGGGGCACUAUGAGGCGGUGCGCCUGUUUUCGGAGCUGCAGACCCUUGCGCGGCGAGACGGGCACGCUUGGCACGCGCAGCUCGAGCUCUAUAUUGUCGGGGCUGUCAUCACGGGCAAGGAACACUACGCGAGGGGACUCCCUGAGUUGGUGACGCGCCUAGGCCUGACGGGCGUCCACUUUGUCUUUGACGCGCCGCGGAGACGGCUCGAGGCGCUCGUGGAGGGCGCGCGCGUCAUCUGGUCGCUGACUGGUUUCGGCCAGUUGAAGCAGAUGACCAACCCAGCCGACACCGAGCACUUUGGUAUCGCCGUGGCGGAGGCGAUGUCGGCCGGCUGCAUCCCGGUGCUGCUGAACGUGGGCGGGCUGCCCGAGCAAGUGCCGAGCAGCGCUGUCGGUCGGGUGGCGUCCACGCUGGAGGACGUCCCCACGGCGACGCUGCAGGUGCUGUCGCUGCCAGAGGCGGAGAUGGAAGCGAUGAGCGGCCAGGCACGAGCAGCAGCAGAGCGUUUCACAGGCGACAUGUUUGAGCGUCAGCUAGGCAGCUUGGUGCACGAGGCGAAGCCCAAGCAACGCGCGUGCUACUCGGCCAACGCGUCGGCGCCCACACGGUUCGGAUGA